AUGAAUACCAAUUACACUUCUUCAAGUUCUUCAAGAUCUUCUAUUUCUUCAGGUGAUGAUAAUUACUUUAACAAUGCAAUUACCAAUAUAAUACUUAUGAGUUAUGAACCAAAGUAUGGAAGAACAAGAACAUCACAUAUUCAACAAAUUAUCUGUACACGUAUUGAAUCCAUAUCUAGAGCACCACCUACUCAAAGAAAAAAAGGAGGUGUUACAAACACGGAUCCAUUCUUUCAACAAUGUCCAAAUGCACUCGGAGAAUUAGGUGCUUCUCCAAUCCAAAAAUGUACGGAUGCAUUGAGGAUGCUAGUAUAUGGAACAUGUGCAGACGCGGUGGACGAGUACAUAAAGAUUGGAGAAAGCACAACAAGAAAUUGCCUUCUCUAUUUUGUCCAAGCAAUUAGACAAACGUACACAGAAGUGUACUUGAGGAGGCCAACUGUCACUGAUUUACAACGACUACUUUACGAUGGACAACGAAGGGGUUUUCCAGAAGCUGUGGCCUUAGGUGACUUGUGGUUUUGGCAUGCAUUUUUUGGCACACCUGGGACUUGCAAUGAUAUUAAUGUGUUAAGAAAGUCUCUAGUUUUUGAUGAUAUCUAUCAAGGAAUAGCUCCUAAGGUAACUUAUAAUGUUAAUGGGAACACAUAUAAUAAGGGUUAUUACCUUACAGAUAGAAUAUACCCUAAAUGGGCAGUUUUUAUCCCCGCAAUUCGACUACCACUAAACCAAAAAGAUGCGUUGUUCAUGAGACGCCAAGAGUCAGUAAGAAAAGAUGUUGAACGUGCCUUUGGGGUUUUACAAGCACGAUUUACAAUCAUAUAG